UCACGAUCGCCAACUCAAUUCGCCGGCCGCCGCUCUCCAUUUCAAAUUCCAAACCCGUUCCACCCCCUCCUCCGGUUCGGGCUCCUCCUCGACGGAACCCGUCGCCGUCUUCUUCGGCUCGCGCCUCGCUCCACCAUUCGCCACCCCUGCCUACGAUGGCGGCGCGCGAGGAGGAGUGGAGCAUGUCCGACUUCGAGAUCGGCAGGUACAUCGGUGAGGGCAAGUUCGGCAAGGUGUACCUCGCCCGCGAGAAACAGAGCGGGUACGUGGUGGCGCUGAAGGUGAUAUUCAAGGCGAAGCUGGAGAAGUACCGCUUCCACGCGCAGCUGCGGCGGGAGGUCGAGAUCCAGCGCGACCUCGACCACCCCAACGUGCUCCGCCUCUUCACCUGGUUCCACGACGAAGAGAAAGUCGUCCUCGUCCUCGAGUAUGCGGCCCGUGGCGAGCUCUACAAGGUCCUUCGCGCCGCUGGCCGCUUCGACGAGCGCACGGCCGCCACUUAUGUUGCGAGCCUUGCUGGGGCACUGGCAUACUGCCACAAGAAGGGAAUCAUACAUAGGGACAUCAAGCCUGAGAAUUUGCUACUCGAUCUCGAGGGCCGACUUAAAAUUGCAGAUUUUGGAUGGGCAGCUCGUUCUGAUGCUAAACGACACACACUCUGCGGCACCAUCGACUAUCUGGCACCAGAGAUGGUAGAGAAGAAAGCUCAUGACCAUGCCGUGGACAACUGGACCCUGGGAAUCCUGUGCUAUGAGUUCUUGUAUGGUUCACCUCCUUUCGAAGCUGACGAACAGGAUGAUACCUUGAGAAGGAUAGCUAAGGUGGAUUGGGCAUUCCCUGCAACUCCUCGUGUGUCUUCAGAGGCUAAGGAUCUCAUUUCCAAGCUGCUAGUUAAGGAUUCAAGCAAGAGGCUUUGUCUUGAAGACAUCAUGAAGCAUCCGUGGAUCCAAAAGAAUGCAGAACCUUCAGGGAGUUGCAUUAAGCGCAAAGAUGUGACAGGAGCAAAGGUGAACGAAAAGUGAGUGUGCAAGAUAAUCUUCUGAGCAACACGCUAGUCAUGAGUAAACAGAGUUGAAUUUUGGUACGUAGCGACCUUGUGGCUGUAUAUAUUGUCGUAGUAGUAAGUAUAUUGUUGGACGUGCAUGGAUAGUAAUAUUUCGUAGUACGAUAUAGCACUUGAGUUGUCAAUAUUUUCCUUGUCAUUAUACAAUUUGUUCCAUUUGCUCGUAUAAAGAAAUUGUUCAAUGAAAAGGCAAGGAAGACGGCCCGUCAAACGGAGAAGGCCCGGCCCAAGAAGCACGUCAUGGCCAAACUGAACCGCUAGUUAGCGUGGAAUGCAUUGCAUAAACUGUGGUGGAAAGCAAUUAAACUUGCAGACGGCGCGGCGACGGGCAGCCCGUCCCGCGUCCGCAAAGGCCGCAUCAUCGUACACGGGCUUAUACGGCGGCCCGUUUCCAUCCGCGUGCGCGUGCGGCGUUGUUGCGGCGGCCGCAAGCCCGCGCUGCCUUGCAGCCUUGCAUGAAACAAGAAUCGUGGUAAGUUAUGUAUGUGUGUGUUUA